AUGAAGUUGAUCCGAGAUCGGUGGGCUGGUCACAACAUGGAGGUGAAUGAAAUCCAUAAUUAUAACUCUGAACUGGUAAAGCAUGGUACUUCUCCACAAUGGCAAAAGAGAAAGUCUACAUUAAUCACAAGGAAACAUGGAGAAAACCCAUCUCCAUUUUUGGUAGCCCGCGCCAUUGCUGUAGCCAUGGGGAUCCAUGUCAUUAUAAUGGUAAUGAUAUGCGGUGCCAUAAUCGUACAUUCAUUAUUCAACAAAGAAGCUCCAAUUUCUUUGCAAGAAAGUUAUUGUGGCCCAUGUCCUAAAAACUGGAUAUGUUACAGAAAUAACUGCUAUCAAUUUUUUAAUGAGAGCAAAAGCUGGUACCAGAGCCAAGCUUCUUGUAUGUCUCAAAAUUCCAGUCUCCUGAAGAUAUACAGCAGAGAGGAUCAGGAUUUCUUUAAAUUGGUGAAGUCAUAUCAUUGGAUGGGACUAAUACAAAUUCCAGCAAAUGGAUCUUGGCAUUGGGAAGAUGGCACCAUUCUCUUGCCCAGCCAAUUAACAAUGGUUGAAAUGCAGAAUGGAACGUGUGCAGUUUAUGGAUCAAGUUUUAAAGGUUAUACCGAAAACUGUUUAACUCCAAACACAUACAUCUGCAUGCAGAGGAUUGUGUAA